AUGAACUGGAUAAACGAAAGCAGCCUGGAGGAGUUCAUUCUGUUCGGCUUCUCAGACCAACCACGGCUGGAACUUCCGCUCUUCGUGGGUCUCUUGGUCUCCUACACUGUCACCGUCUUUGGCAACCUCGCCAUCAUGCUAGUCUUCCAGCUGGACUCCAAGCUCCACGCUCCCAUGUACUUCUUUCUCACCAAUCUGUCACUCGUAGAUCUUUGUUACAUCACAUGUUCGGUCCCACAGAUGCUGGUGAAUCUACGCAGCACGAGGAAAGUGAUUAGUUACGGUGGCUGCGUGGUCCAGCUUUUCAUGUUCCUGGCUCUGGGGGCUACAGAGUGUGUGUUGCUGGUGGUCAUGUCCCUGGACAGAUUCGUAGCCAUCUGCCGGCCUCUCCAUUACUCAGUCAUCAUGCACCAGAGAUUCUGCCUGCAGCUGGCUGCUGCCUCCUGGUUGACUGGCUUCGGGAACUCCGUGUGGAUGUCCGUCGUGACCCUCCAGCUGCCCCGCUGUGGUCAGCGUGUCAUAGACCACUUUCUCUGUGAGGUGCCCGCCAUGCUCAAGCUGUCCUGUGUGGACACAACUGCGAAUGAGGCUGAGCUCUUGUUUGGGAGUGUAUUUUUCCAUCUAGUACCCCUGACCCUCAUCUUUGUGUCGUAUGCUUUUAUUGCCCAAGCAAUUUUGAAAAUCCCUUCUGCUGAAGGACGACAAAAAGCUUUUGGGACCUGUGCCUCCCACCUGAUUGUGGUGUCGCUGUUUUAUGGGACGGCCAUCCCCGUGUACCUGCAGCCGGCUUCCCCUCACUCUGCGACCCCCAGAAAGCUGGUGUCCCUCCUCUACGGAGUCAUGGCACCUAUGCUGAACCCUAUCAUCUACACACUUAGGAACAAAGAGAUGAAGGAAGCCUUUAAAAGGCUGAUGGCAAGAGUUAUUGUGUCCCAGCAAUAG